GGGGAGGCUGCUGCGCCCGGAGCCCCGCGGGGCCGCUCGGAAGGCGGCGGCGGCGCCGGAAGCCGCGGAUCGGACCCCGGAGCGCGCCGCUCGGACGCCGCCGCGGGCACCAUGGGCUGCUGCUCCGGGCGCUGCUCGCUCAUCGGCCUGUGCGCGCUGCAGCUGAUCUCCGCAUUAGAGAGGCAGAUCUUUGAUUUCCUUGGCUUCCAGUGGGCACCUAUUCUUGGAAAUUUUCUACAUAUAAUAGUUGUCAUAUUGGGUUUGUUUGGAACCAUUCAGUACAGACCUCGAUAUAUUGUGGUGUAUACAGUAUGGACUGCCCUCUGGGUCACCUGGAAUGUGUUCAUUAUCUGCUUUUAUUUGGAAGUAGGUGGGCUCUCUAAGGAUACAGAUCUGAUGACAUUCAACAUUUCUGUACAUCGGUCAUGGUGGCGGGAACAUGGGCCUGGUUGUGUCCGAAGAGUGCUGCCUCCAUCAGCCCACGGCAUGAUGGAUGAUUACACGUACAUCUCUGUCACAGGCUGCAUCGUCGACUUCCAGUACCUGGAGGUCAUCCACAGUGCCAUCCAAAUACUACUUUCUUUGGUUGGUUUUGUGUAUGCCUGUUAUGUGAUCAGUAUUUUCAUGGAAGAAGAGGAUACCUUUGAUUUCAUAGGUGGACUUGAUGCACACUCCUACUACCAGGAUCAUGUUCAGUUAAAGCCUGUUAACCUGUCGAAAUAAGUAAUGGCAUCAACUCUGAAAUGUCGGCUGCUGAACUUGACUUAGGAAGCAAAGCAUCAUUGACAGCUCCUCUCUGCAUCAACAUGUCUCACUUUCUCCCAGAGGAUGGACUGUGCCUCCCGCUUUCCCACAGAUCAUGGAGUUCUUCGGUCACAGCCUGUGUGUUAUUAGCAUUGUGCACUAGAUGAGUUGUAGGUGCUUGGGUGGGUAUUUUUUAGUCAUUUUCUUCUUACAUGAAUACUUGUAAAUUGU